AUUUCUCUGAAUUUCAGAGAACCCCGCGUGCAAGUUAGCAAGCUUCAGAGAGAGAGAGAGAGAGAGAGGAGAGAUGGCUAUGGAGCAGACUUCUUCUUCAAGAGAUGUUGGUAAUAUGAAAGGCGUACUAACACAUGGAGGUCAAUAUGUUCGCUACAAUGUCUUCGGAAACAUGUUUGAGGUUUCCCGUAAAUACGUUCCUCCACUUCGUCCUGUUGGAAGAGGCGCCUAUGGUCUUGUCUGUGCUGCUGUGAAUUCCGAGACAAAAGAGGAGAUUGCGAUCAAGAAGGUUGGUAAUGCAUUUGACAAUGUAAUUGAUGCUAAGAGAACCCUAAGAGAAAUCAAGCUCCUUUGUCAUAUGGAUCACGAGAAUGUGGUUGCUAUCAAGGACAUAAUACGACCACCAAACAAGGAGAAUUUUAAAGAUGUUUACAUGGUUUAUGAAUUGUUGGACACUGAUCUUCAUCAGAUAAUUCGAUCUGAUCAACCAUUGACUGAUGACCAUUGUCAGUACUUCAUCUACCAGCUAUUACGAGGACUGAGAUACGUGCAUUCAGCAAAUGUUUUGCACCGUGAUCUGAAGCCAAGCAAUUUGUUCCUAAAUGCAAAUUGUGACCUUAAGAUAGGGGAUUUUGGAUUGGCAAGAAUAACUUCAGAGACAGAUUUCAUGACGGAAUAUGUAGUCACUCGAUGGUACAGGGCACCAGAGUUGCUGCUUAAUUGUUCAGAUUAUACUGGUGCAAUUGACGUUUGGUCUGUUGGUUGCAUUCUUGGUGAAAUUCUUAACAGAGAACCUUUGUUUCCUGGCAAAGACUAUGUUCAUCAGCUGAAGCUUAUAACUGAGCUAUUGGGUUCACCCGACGAUGCCGAUCUUGCUUUCCUCCGUGCUGAUAACGCGAGGAAGUACUUUAAACUGCUUCCAAAGUAUCCGAAGCAACAAUUCUCCGCCAGAUUUCCAAAUAUGUCACCUUUGGCUAUUGAUCUGAUGGAGAAGAUGCUGAUUUUCGAUCCAAACAAACGUAUUACAGUUGAAGAAGCAAUCUGUCAUCCUUACCUGUCAUCUCUCCACGAUAUCAACGAUGAACCGGUCUUCCCUGGACUUUUCCAUUUUGAUUUCGAACAAUCGACAUUUACAGAGGAGGACAUCAGGGAGUUAAUCUGGCAGGAAUCGCUAAACUUCAAUCCGAAUCCUACCAAUUGAAAAAAAGUUUGUCUUGCUGAUGCAGUGUAUAUGGAAAAUAAAGGUAUUAGAGAUGUUAUAAUUUGAAUUCUGCAUAAACCUUUUAUCAAAUAUUAUUACUGUCUGUAUUGUUGUGUUAGAUCUUGUAUUUUAUAUCAUCCUUUGUUUAUUAGGCUCUAAAAUGAAAUAAAUAUCUAUGUAUUUGUAGUUUUUUUUUCUUAAUGGAAUCUUUGAUGACUUUGUUUCUUUU